AUGCCGGACACGGAUAUCAUGCAACAGGCGGCGGCGCAGGCCAACAUCGAGUACAUCUCGUCGGACGAAGGGGAGGACGAGGGGGCGUUCAGCCGGUUUGGCACCGGAGACGUGGAGAGUCUGGCGGCUCACUCCAAGAUCCACACGUUUGGAGACUUGCUGCGCGAGCUGGAAACGGCGCAGAACAUUGUGGUGCUGUGCGGCGCGGGCAUCUCCACAUCGCUGGGCAUCCCGGACUUCCGGUCCGCCGACGGUCUGUACAAAAGCCUCGAUCUGGAGUCGCUGGGUCUGUCGGACCCCCAGGAGGUGUUUGACCUGGAGGUGUUUGACCAGGACCCCACGCCUUUCUACCGGGUGGCGUCCAAGGUGAUGAUGCCCACUCAGGCGCUGAUUUCACCGACCCACGCUUUCCUCAAGCUGCUGCAGGACAAGGGCAAGCUGCUGCGAAUCUACACACAGAACAUUGACGACCUGGAACACAUUGCCGGCAUCGAGGAGUCCAAAAUGGUGCAGUGCCACGGCGCCUUCCACAUGGCCACCUGUCGCCAGUGUGGAGCCAAGGUCACAUGCGAGUCGUUGCGUCCGGAGAUUGUCGCCGGAGAGAUCCCAAUGUGCCGACGCAAGCGCUGCGAAGGAGUCAUCAAACCAGACAUUGUCUUCUUCGGAGAGGCUCUGCCAGACCGGUUCCGGCACAUGGUGCGGUCGGAUAUCAUCAUGGGAGGCCCCACGCCCAAAGUGGAUCUGUUUCUGUGUCUGGGAACGUCGCUCAAGGUAUCGCCGGCGUGCGACAUUGCCAAACAGGUGCCUCUGGGCGUGCCACGAGUCUACAUCAACCGGGAACCCAGUGCGCGGUUCUACUUUGACAUCAGCUUGUGUGGCGAGAGCGAUUUGGCGGUGCAGGCCAUUUGCGAGGGCAUGGGCUGGGACUUGUCUCACCCUCAGAUGAAGCCCAUGGAUCGAUAA